AUGCGCGCGCACCUGGCGGCGCGGCCCGACACAGGCUUCUUCCGAUGCGAGCGAGAGCCUGAGGGCGAGGCGGACGCGGAGGCGGAGGCGGCGGGCUCGGCGGACGAGUCGACGGCCCUCGCGUGCGACGUGUGCCAGGUGAGCUUCGCCAGCCGUCGCAAUCUGAACCGGCACCGCGCGCAGCACGACGGCGGCGCGCGCUUCGCGUGCGAGGAGUGCGACCGCUCGUACGCGCGGCUGGACGACCUCACGCGCCACUCGGUCGAGGCGCACCGGCAGGAGCGCCGCUUCCGCUGUCCGCGCUGCGUGCGCAGCUUCACGCAGAAGCGCAUCGUGGAUUACCACCUGCGUUCGCACGCGGGCGACCGGCGCACCCGCGCGCAGGCGCAGCCGCCGCCGGUGCGCUACCACUGCGAGGAGUGCGCGACCGGCUUCGACACGCGGCGCCGCUUCCUGCGCCACCUGCAGCUGCGCCACGACCAGGCGACGCCGCGCUACGGCUGCGAGCUGUGCGACGCCACGUACGCGCGCAUCGACGAGCUCACGCGCCACACCAUGCACGUGCACGGCCAGAAGCGCACGGUGCCAUGCCCGCGGUGCUCGCGCCGCUUCACGCAGCAGCGCAUCGUCGACUAUCACGUGACGGGCCACGACACGAAGCGCGUGUACGUGAAGCGCUGUGUGUGCGACAUCUGCGGCCGGCGCAUCAGCUGCCCGCAGGCGCUGCGGCGGCAUCGGCUGCUACACAGCGACGAGCGGCCGGCCAAGUGUCCCACCUGCGCCAUGGCCUUCAUCGACGACGUGGCACUGGCCAAGCACGUGCUGACCCACUCGGAGGAGAAGCCGUUCCUCUGCGACCACUGCGGCAAGGGUUUCCGCUUCAAGGACUACCUGUUACGGCACACGCGCUUCCACACCGGCGAGCGACCCUACGCGUGCAGCGGCUGCGAUAAACGCUUCGCCACGAGCGACACGCUCAACCGACACUUUCUGAUCCACACGGGCGAGAAGCCGUUCGUGUGCCACGUGUGCCAGCGCCCGUUCCGGCAGUCGCAGCAGCUCAAGACGCACAUGAAGGUGCACGAGCGGAAGGAGCUGCUGCUGGUGCUGGACGCGCCGCUCGUACCCGCGGAGUGAGGCGUCCCCCCGCCCAGAGCGCGUGUGUGGCGCAUGGGACGAGGCGAGACAUUGGUGGAGCCCGGCGGUGCAGGCCGGCCGUGGUUU